AUGGCAACUAAUAUACAACACCAAAAAAAAGUUGGGUGUCUUAAAGCGGGAAAUGGCCGCGACAGCGGCUGCAGCGACAACAACGCUGGCAGUGGCGGAUACGGUUGUAUUGAGUGUGCAUCGCUCGCGGCGAAAACGAGUGGGACGUCAGCCGCGGCCACUACGGCGGCCAUCGUUAUAUUUUGUGCACGACUCGAACGACACCGGAACGGCGUUUCGGCCGGACCGCCGACAGAGUCGGUUCGCCGUGCCGGUGAUGCCGGUUACGGCCGAUACGGCGGCGACGUGGUGAUGAUCGCCCGCGGUGAACACCGCAAGACAGCCGCGGCCGGGUCGCGUUGGCAUGCGUGCGCGGCCUUGCUUCUUGUCGCGCUGUCCGUGCUCUGUGUGGCCACACCGACGACUGCGGUGGGCAACGAGGUGGACGGCGUUGGCGGCGACGAAGGGUCCACCGGCGCGCCAGACUUGUGCGGCACGCCGAAGGACCUGCCGCUGGUCGGCACCAAGGGCGUGAUCACCACGCCGAAUUUCCCCGGCCCGUUCACCGUACCCAUCAAGUGCGAGUGGGUGAUCCAAGCGGACGCCGCGGCCAUCGAGACCACGAUCGAGGUGUACUUCACGCAGCUGUUCGUCACCGACGGGCUGACCAUCACCGAGUACUCGCAAUAUCCCCCCGACUUUGGCUUCGUCACCGUGCGCGAGGUGUUCAACAAGUCGCACAUCACGCAGUACGGCCAGUCCAUGGUGUCCACGUUACCGUACCUGGUCAUCCGGUUCCAGCUGGACCGGUUGCAGGGUAACCACAUACGCGUGCACGACGACCUGAUGGACGUGUACGGUUUCAACAUCACGUACGAGAUGAGGCCCGCCGGAAACGAGCGAAGCGACGUGUGCAGUCUGUACCAGUGCUCCUACUCGGGAAACUGUCUGGGUAACGCCGAUCUCACAGAAUAUAAAUGUUCAUGUUUUCCUGGAUUUUCUGGCGAGGAUUGUGGAUAUGGUCCUAUUUGCAAGCUGAACAAUACAGAUUCCUGUGAGAAUGGUGGAGUUUGCAGACACGUCGGCCGGUCGAUCGCGAUAUGCAAUUGUCCUGCCGGAUUCACGGGCGGAAAAUGUGAAGUACCCGUGGUCAACGUCACUGCUGAAUGCGGUUCGUCUAGCAUUUGUAUACAGCAAUGCAAUAUUAACAAAGAUGUUAUUGAUACAACUACUGAUGGCCCAUGUCCUUGUAACUUGUAUAAAAAUCAUUCAACACCCAUAGAUUCCGUACGUUAUCACGCUGCUAUCAAAUUAGUGAACAUAUCGGCUAUUGUAAAUGAAAACCUCAAUGAACAUUUACAACUUAAAAUUUUAAAAUAUUUCAGGAAACAUUUGAAACCAGUGACUUCGCAUGAACCAUACGAUUUAAGAAUAACAUCAAUUUUACCCAAAACUGGAGAUGUCCACUUUGAAUUUUACUCUCGUAAAUCGGAUCAGAAAAUUGUACAAGACCUACUCAAUCAUAUGAUAGCCAAUGGUUCUCUGCCAGGACCAGGAACUGUGCUACUGGUAAAAACAGCACUAUCCUUUCAGCAGGAACCAUCGUUGUGGUUAAAUAAAAUGGACGUGAACAAAAAUCGAGAUUCCAUACCUGAAGGAGAACCAUUCAUUAUAUCAUGCAUAGCCCAAGGUCCACCAGAUAUGCAAUUCAAAUGGUUUAAAGACGGAAUCCCAGUUAAUACGUCAAUAUCAACCAGAAACAUUUGGACGAAAAUCAAGAAAACGGACAAACCCGAUUACAAGUCUUCCAUGUUGGUGAUCGAACACGCCGACAUCUUAGACUCUGGAAAAUUUACGUGUCAGGUGUCUGACCACUCACACCAACAGUGUCAAUCAGUAGCGUUAACCGUGAUCCCUCUGCCGGAAGUCAUAAUGAGACCGUCCGUAACAGUUAAACCAGGAGACAACGUGACGAUUAUGUGUUUUUUAAAAAACGAAUUCACUAAGUUUGGGAACACGUGGCUGGAUAGUGACAUGCGUUUGGUGAAGAUCGACAAAAACGUGUACUGGGAAGACUUGCACCGCGGUGGCAGUGUACUGUACGUGAAGAACAUAACGUCGUCGGCAGAGUACAGGUGCGAAGCUUCUAACCGAGCAGGCAGGCGUAAUGCCACUGUGUACGUAGACGUGCUCAACACGAGAGUGAUGGCGCAUUGCGUUGCGGACGGCGUGUGGCCGCUGACCGGUGCCGGGAAAUCGGCGUCCUCGGAAUGUCCGAAAAAUAGGUCGACGAGCUACGCGUCGCGUACGUGCGUGCUGACCGCGGCCAACCGCACCGAGUGGCAGAAAGCCGACUAUUCGCGGUGCGCACCGGACGACCUAAACAAAAUCACCAUGAACUUUCGCAAAAAAACGUUGGGAUACGAUAAGGUCAACGUGACGGCCGCGAAAACGUUGAGUUCGCUAUACAGCGAUCUUCACUCCACCGCCGUAUGGUAUCCGGGUGAGGGUGAGCCCGUCAUCGAUUUCCUCGUGUCCGUCACGUCGUACUUACAGAAAUCGUCCGAUUUGGCCGACCUAGACCAAGCGUCCAUCAGCUUUGACAACAUACUCAGCAUGCUGUUGGAAAACGAUUCGGUGGUUAACGAUAAGAAAAUCGUUCAGCUUCUGGAUAUGAUCGAGACGUGGACGCUGUUAAAAGCGUUUUACUUGUUCACCAACAAAGGAACUAAACAGUACACAAACCAGAUCGAAAAUAUACAUGUUGCGUCAGCCUCGGAAGUAGUGAUAAAUCACAGUAGAAAUAUGACGCACCGGUUUUAUGACAAACAAACCAUUAGGCCCUCACAACAACCAAAAGUAAUCGUUUCCAUGUGCGACGUUCAAAUCGACAAAUGGAUUAACAAAUCGUUCAAUGUAGGAGUCACGACGUUCAGAAAUCUAUCGGAGUUUUUCCCGAAAAAAUAUUUCAUAAACAAGAGCAAAGACGGCGAGAUCGAGUACAGCGUGAUGACGCCAAUAGUGUCGGUCAGCGUGGCGCAGGACGGUCAACGGAUACGCAAACACUGGCCGACCAUUGUUACCGAGUUGGAGUUCGACCUUACGUUGCCGUGGCUGGUAAACGGAACGUGGAACGUAACGUGCGUUACCAUGGCCAGGCUAGCCGACCACCAGUGGGACAUGUCAUCCUGCCGGAUGGUCAACGUCUGGUCACCGUUGUCCAACGUUACCCGUUGCCACUGCUCGUCAGCUGGUCUUUUCACUGUACUCGCUAGAGUGAUGCCACUGGACGAAGAAGGUCAAAGUACUUCAAAACAAGAUGUGAUUAUCGUGUUCGGGUGUGUUUGUUGCCUGGUUCAAUCGGCGAUGUCUCUGAUGCUGCUGGUCACUCAAUGGGUUAAACAUCCGACGUGCAUUGUGUACUUGAAGAUACAGCUGUGCUUCGCAAUUAUAAUCCAGAUGUGCAUGUUUCUGUACGCAACGAAAAAUAACGACUAUGGAUAUUUUUCGCUGUACUUGCAAAUAGUGACCAUAGUGGAGAUAACGUCGCACUUGAGUCAGUUGCUCAUCGUAUACACAGAGAUAAUUAGUUUCCCGCAGUUUUCCAAUAUUAAACUUCCCAUUAUUGGCGUAGCGACAACUGCACCCGUGUUAUUUGUGCUCAGUAUCAUGUUAAGUCUGAAUAUUAUCGGCGCUAAGCCUAUUCGACCAUGGUGGUCGUGGGAGAAUUCUGCGUUCAUCUACGUUUAUAUCAUAAUCUUUGUACUGCUCAUGAUUAUGUACUUGUCAGUAUUAACAAUAACCGUGCCUAAGUUGAAAUUUAUAAAGCAGAAACUUCAACGGAACACACCGACAAGUAUGAAAAAAAGAAUGGGACUUAUAGUCAGAUCAGUAGCUAUCCUGUUAAUCGUCAUCGUGACGACCGUUUCCAGUAUCCUGCACAUAAUCUAUAUGGAAGACUUUUCCAAGUAUUUUUUCAGUUCAUCAUGUGCCGUACAGGGUUUCGUUGUAUUGUACUGCUACGUGUUGCACUCGGAAGAACCGUUUGACUUGAGAACCGUUUAUCGACCAAAAUCGUCACCGCAACAAUCAAGUGAUGAUAACCAUUCGGAUUCUGCCGGAAGUCCAUUGAAACGUUUUUCUAAGAACACAAUAGAUUACGAGAUAAAACAAUCGAUUAAGAGUGACAUACUGGAAAUAACAGAUAAUCCACAAGAGUAUUUUAUCACGCAAGAAAAGCCAGUGUCGAUUGUCAGCAACCUUACUAGCUCUUUAAAAAAACUCGAUAGCAAUACCGAGCCUAAAAAGUCUGUGACAUUUCGUCAUGACUUAAUCACAGGGUGUCACGAAAAGUCGUCGGACGGUCACGACACUGACAGUGGAUGCGGCGAUUACUGUGGAAGUGGAGAAAAGAGUUGUUGUUCGUACCGGAACAACAGUCGGGCACCAUUAUUGGAGACGACGGCUAUCGAUUCUGCAGACACGGUGGACGACUGGCAGCCAGUGGACUUUGCGGAUGCCUCACAGCCGACCUCGAUGGUUCCACUUCCGGCCGGAAGCGACACUUCUAUCAGGUGUGUGGUGCAACCGCCACCCGAUAUGUUGGCCACGCACGUGUGCGUUGAAGUCGGACUAGUCAAACAGCAUGCCACCACCGCGGAUGGUUCUCCGACAAUCGUGGUGUGCAGCGUGGACGUGGAACCAUGCCGGCAACCACAUAUGUUAUUCAUGUCCGGGGUUACCGACAAGUCGUCGUCGACGGCACCCGAACCUGGGACAGACGGCUCCGGCGGUGACAGUAACGACGAUGACGUUCUGGACCGAAUAUCCCAAGACCUGGACUAUCUGUUGAACCGGAAGAACGUCGUCGACUCAAACGUGGUUGAGUUGGAUGGUGAUGGUGAAGCUGAUCGCAACCAGAAAAAGAAAACCAAAGACCUAACCUAACCCUGAGACGCAAGACUCGUCGGCUUUGAAGAAACUCUAAACGCCAAUGCAAACUAUAUCCGAUCAUACCCCAGCGCCCACCGAAUCACACUUAUACGCCGGACGUUGAUCACAUUUUUGGUUACCGUUUGCCUCGAAUUUAAAAUAAUUUAUUUAAAUGUUAAAUAAUAACCAUUUACAUUUUUUUUUUCAUAUUACAAUUAAUUGUACAUCUAUUUAAAACAUAUUUGUUCACAAUAUUGCAUAAUAAUAUGAUCGUUGUAUUAUUAAUGCAUUCGUUUUUCGAAUAUAUUACUACUAUUAUUAUUUUUUUGAUUAUCAUUAUAUCGUUGUCCUUAAGUGUUUUGUGUACAGCUAUAAAAUAUUAUCAUUAUUAUUUAUACUGUUUUUUUUUUUUGAUCUUUUUUUUUAAGAACCAUCGUAUGCCACAGACGAUGAUUUCCGAAACAAAAAACUGUUUAAUUGUUGUGUCAUUUGUAUUUCAUAAAAUAUCAUAUACAUUCUGCCGUAUAAUACACAUACAGAUACAUGUUUGUAUUACUACUAUUAUUAUUUUCAUUAUAAUUUAUAAUAUUAAGGUGCCACGGGUUAUAGACUAUGCAGCACGAUUGUUUGUCGAUUUUUCGUCGGUCUUUAAUGAAAAUGUGUUUUUUCGGACCCCCACUCGAAUCAUAUUCACCUGAACAUGAACCAAUAAUACAGUGCCAAUAAAAAGAACAACUGUAUUGUGAAAUAUGGGAUGUUGCCGUUGGUAAACUCAAUUUUCAAUUAUUUUUUCAAGAAGACAAUAAACUUUUAAAUCACCUUUAUUUGUAAUGCGUAUAAGUGUGAAAAAAAGAAUAAUAAUGGCAUGUUUGUACACAUGCAGUUUUAUUUAAUAAAAAUACUAAAAUACU